AUGGAUGGUGGAGGAGAGGAAUCCAUAGAGGCGGUGGCGGCCGCGAGGCGAGAAAGGCUGAGAGCUCUCAAAGCGGCUCAGGAACUCCUAAAUACCCCAGAUGCAGAUGUUGAAAAUGACAAAUAUAAUCAAGAACAACAAGAGGAAGAAGAGGAAGAAAAUGCCAAUAUGAAAUUCCGAAAUUAUCUUCCUCAUGACAAGCAACUUCAAGAGGGCAAACUUGCCCCACCAGUACUACCAAAAUUUGAAGAUCCCGUUCUCAUGGCACCUCCACCGGAAGAGAAGAAAGAGAAACCAAACUGGGACUUGCGGAGAGAUGUACAGAAAAAACUUGACAAGCUUGAAAGGCGCACUCAGAAAGCAAUGGUUACACUAAUGGAGCAAGAAGAAGCAAAAAGGAGAUUGAAAGAAGACGGUGGCGAAAAUGGUGUGCAAGACUGA